UUCCCAAAUAAAAUUAUUAUUAUUUUUGGCAGCAGAUUGUACCCCCAGAUACAGUAUAUGUAUAAAGAGAGGCAUGUGCAUAAAGACAAUACGAGAUUAUCUCUCUCGAACUUUCAUUGCAAGCUGCUUGUUGGCUUUUGAUUUUGCUUCCAAAGUCGUUUUCAGGUUGAUAUAGCUGUUGUUUCUUUGCCUGAUCUUGUGCAGACUCUUUCAUCUGGGAAAGUGAUUCUUGUGGCCAAUUAUUGGUACGUUUUGGAAAGUAAUUUUAUAGAUCAUCGUGUAAGCAUUCAUAUAUACAAUGGCGGAUUCUGAGGCAACCUUUUCGAGCUCACCAGCUGUGGAAAAAUUAGGCUCUAGCGAUCUCUUGUCAGUAGGGAAAGGCUAUGGAACAUAUGGCAUUGUGGGUGCUACUGUUAUUGCCAUUGUUUUACCUGUAUUGCUUUCCAUUGUGUUCAUGGGGAAGAAAAAGGUGAAGCAAAGAGGAGUUCCUGUAGAAGUUGGUGGUGAGGCAGGUUAUGCAAUUCGCAAUGGUCGAAUGCCUCAUUUGAUUGAAGUCCCUUGGGAAGGGGCAAAUACCAUGGCAGCUCUUUUUGAGCAAUCUUGCAAAAAGUAUUCACGAGGUCGAUUUCUUGGAACAAGGAAGCUAAUUAGCAAGGAAUUUAUCACAGCUAGUGAUGGUAGGAAGUUUGAGAAACUACACUUAGGGGAUUAUGAAUGGCAAACUUUUGGACAAGUUUUUGAUCGUGCUUGCAACUUUGCUUCCGGGCUUAUUAGGUUAGGUCAUAAUGAAGAUACUCGUGCUGCAAUUUUUUCUGAAACUCGAGCAGAGUGGUUCAUUGCCUUCCAGGGAUGCAUGCGGCAGAAUAUUACUGUUGUUACUAUUUAUGCAUCUCUUGGUGAGGAUGCUCUGAUCCAUUCACUUAACGAGACACAAGUAUCAACCCUGAUUUGUGAUUCCAAGCAAUUGAAAAAGUUGGCUGCUAUAAGCACAAAAAUAACAACUAUCAAGAAUGUGAUUUACUUUGAAGAUGAUGGAAGUGCAACUGCAGAUGAUUCUAGUAUCUCUGGAAGUACGAGCCACUGGACAGUUUCAUCUUUUUCCGAAGUUGAGAAACUGGGCAAAAACAGUCCUCUUCCUCCAAACCUACCUUCCAAGAAUGAAAUUGCUCUUAUCAUGUAUACAAGUGGUAGCACAGGCCUACCAAAGGGAGUCAUGAUUGCUCAUAGCAACAUUGUAGCCACUGCUGCAGCUGUCAUGACAUUGAUUCCAAAAUUGGGUAGCAAUGAUGUUUAUUUGGCAUUCUUGCCCCUAGCUCAUGUUCUCGAACUUGCUGCUGAGUCUAUAAUGUUAACUGCAGGUUGUGCAAUUGGCUAUGGUUCUGCAUUGACUUUAACAGACACGGCUAAUAAAAUUAAGAAAGGAACCAAAGGUGAUACUUCUGUGUUGAAGCCCACUCUCAUGGCAGCAGUUCCCACUAUACUAGAUCGUGUUCGGGAUGGAGUUCUAAAAAAGGUUGAGGAGAAAGGUGGAAUUACAAAGAAGCUUUUCAACAGUGUAUAUAAGCGACGAUUGGCAGCCAUAGAAGGAAGCUGGUUUGGUGCUUGGGGACUGGAGAGAAUGUUGUGGGAUUUUAUUGUCUUCAAAUCAAUACGUGAUGUACUUGGAGGAUCCAUACGAUUUAUGUUAUGUGGUGGAGCUCCUUUAUCUGGGGAAUCACAACGAUUCAUCAACAUUUGCAUGGGGGCUCGCAUAGUUCAGGGUUAUGGCUUGACAGAAACAUGUGCUGGGGCUGCUUUUUCUGAGUGGGAUGAUACUUCUGUGGGCCGUGUUGGACCUCCUCUUCCUUGUUGCUAUAUUAAGCUUGUUUCUUGGGAAGAAGGUGGGUAUAGGAUAUCCGACAAGCCAAUGCCCCAAGGAGAAAUUGUAAUUGGAGGAUUCUGCGUAACUAGUGGUUACUUCAACAACCAAGAAAAGACUGAUGAGGUCUACAAGGUUGAUGAAAAAGGCAUGUGCUGGUUUUAUACUGGUGAUAUUGGACGUUUUCACCCUGACGGAUGCCUUGAAAUUGUUGAUAGGAAGAAGGAUAUUGUCAAACUUCAACAUGGAGAGUACAUCUCUCUUGGAAAGGUUGAGGCAGCGUUGAUGUCAAGCAACUAUGUGGAUAAUAUCAUGGUAUAUGCAGAUUCCUUCAAAAACUAUUGUGUAGCUCUAGUUGUUCCAUCACAUCAAGCCCUUGAGAAAUGGAGCCAGCAAGUUGGCAUCAAGUACCGGAACUUUGCAGAGCUCUGUAACAAAGAUGAAACUAUUGCUGAGGUUCGACAGUCACUGUCCAAGGUGGGGAAAGCUGCAAAAUUGGACAAAUUUGAAAUUCCUGAAAAGAUCAAGCUGUUGCCAGAUCCAUGGACACCUGAAUCUGGCUUGGUUACUGCUGCUCUCAAGAUAAAGAGGGAACAACUGAAGUCCAAAUUUAAAGAGGAGCUCCAAAAGCUCUAUGACUGAAGUGAUGUUUUGUUUUGUUUUGUUUUUUUUUUUGUUUUUUUUUUUUGUCUUGUGCUAUGUUUUUGACUUCUUCAAGUAUCUACUACUCCAGGCUUUGCUCUCCAGAAACCAAACUUUUCUCAGAGAACUGGUACAAACGCUCUUUGCUGGAGAUUUUAUUACACUGCCUGUGACCUUAGAUUGUGGCGUGGUGUGAUUACCCUUUGAACAUGAAAACCUUAAACCCAAAUGAUUAGAGAAACAUAUUUUGCUCCUUAUUAAGAUCGCGUAUGCUAAUGUUUUAUAGUGAACUCUGUUAAUAAAGCACCUUGCUCAAUUAGCUGUA